GGCUCAUCAUCAUCUUAUCGUUCUGAUUGUCCGUCGAUACAAACACAAUCCCUCUCUUUUUUUCCAGUCUUGAGUGAGAAAAAUUUGUGUCCGUUGGAAUCGACAUCGAAUCCACGGUUUCUAAGUUCUGGUAAAAAAUACCUGUUCUCUCUCUUAAGUUAAGUAUAAGUUGUGCUGUCGUUUUCUGAAAAUAAAGCGUCUGCUUUCGUCGCGAAAAACAGCGUUGUUGCUUCUGUAUCCCGUGCAAAAGUAUCCUAGUACUCCCACAAGAAAUUAUUGCAAUCGGGUCGUAUGAUAGAUCCUAAUCCUAUUUCUCGGCCAAGCUGCAUGACGAGUAAGUUUGAUGAUUUUUCCUGUGGUAAGAAUUGGCAUGCGAAGAUUCUUGUCCAUGCGAGAUGACAGUGGGAUAGGAUAUUUUUGCAAUGCAUAGUCGGUUGACCACUCUGUGAACAUCCUGGACCCUCACCGCUUUGCUUCCACCGCGAACCGUUCGACUCUGUGAUCGAUACCAUCAUCGCGAACCAUCAACAUGUCGACCUCCAACCAGAUGAACCAAGAAUGCACUCCGCUGCCGACGUCCUACCGUCAUCCGACCGCAGAUCACGAGAAGCAGCACCGGGAAAUCAUCGAGUCCUACUGCGUAUCCAAUGCUAAAGGAGCAUCGGGCAAGAAGAACAUCGCCAGCCCUCAAUUAUAGGCUAAUUGCGAUUAUGCAUGACUACAGAUCUGCCAAUAUGUUAUAUGUUAAGUAUAAAUGAUUGUGAUACCACGCGGCUCCAAGCCCCAUCUUUCUUCAUUUGUUCAAGUUGUCAUGCAGCGACAUGUACAUGUAUCAGUGCACGAUGCUUCUGCAAUGCAUACCGUGCCCGCAAAGGACUGAAGUGUGCGGAUGAGGUGCUGUUCGCCAAGGUCGUCGUCAAGGGUCACGGUACUUACCGCGUCAGUAUGCAUUGGAAAUAUAAUGCCUGGGUCUGGACAGGUGAAACUUGUGUUGCAUGUCCUGCGUUUUUCCUGAAAAAUCUGUAUUGCACAGCCACCAGCACGAAGCGCAUGGCUCUUCUGUGAUGCAAAAAUGCACGUUGUCAUGCGUGCUACGCAUCAGACCACGGCGCCAACGAAACUUGUCAUGCUUGGCUGCACUUGUCGAAGGCACCAGACGCAUCCAUGCUCUAGCAUCACAAGUUUCCAGAGAUCCAGGGUGGAUAUUUGCAAUGCAUAGUCAGCUGGACUGUGCGAAACCAGGUCGGUGACGUGAAAACGAUGAUCACAGCGAAGACCGGAAUCUCCCACGAGCAACUGAGUGGCGCGGGUUGCGAGUUCCAAAUCUCCGAGCACCGUACUGACCAGCCGAUGGAAUACUGUUUCGGUUCCGAGAGUGAUGACACCCCGCUGCUCUGCUUGAUCAGCUCUGGUAUAGUCUGACACUUUAUAGCACCGCCUAACACGACCGGAGGUGCCUACCCCAACUUUUCUAACUGAGAGAAUGCAUAGUAACCAUGAGCAUGCGCUUGUAUGUUUCGCUCGUCCCUUAUUUCGUAUGUACCGCAUCGAAGAGAUGGAGCUCUGCGUCGCUGCUGACAGCCAGAACGUAUAGAAAACUGGUCGUGCCCCAGCAUACGCUGUUUGAAAAAAACCCGCACGGAGAGUUGUGUCAAGAUCUAUUCUUAUUUCGCGAGUCUUUGAAAUUCUUCGACUGGGGGCAAGAACAUCUUGAAAUUGUAUUGUCGAAAAACAAGAAUCAGAAUGUCUAUGUCAAUGUCAAAAAAAAAUUGAAACACAGGUGGGAUUAUCAGCGUGAAUUUUGUCGGCCACAAGAAAGGAGACGGCGACUCUGGUGUAGUUGCGCCGCACGAUAUGACAGUGCACAACUCCCCCACCCCUCAUUUGUCAUGCAAAAUCCCAAAUCUACCUUCUGCCUGUGACCACUCUUUGUAUGACAGAUUCCGAAAUCCAAAACAGCACUACCAUCGCCUAGGAAUUUGCCAUGCAAAAGCUGCAUCUUUUUCUUUGCGCCGGCGCUUGUGUAGUUGUUGUUCUUGCAACACAAAUGAGGGGAAGGGAGAGUUGUGCACUGGCAUAGACGAGGAUCACGACGACUCCACCGCGUCCACCGGCGUGAGCGGUGUCUCUGGUGUGAGCGAUAGCGAAUCUGAUUGCUGAGUUCAUGAUCUACUUGAAGGAGCUUUCAGUUGUAGGGAGACCACCUGAGCACCGGUAGCACUACCAGUGGCGUUCUGGUAUUUGAUACUGAUAAGAUUCUUGCAUUUUGAUUUUUUGUUGUAGGUAGACGUAAAAAUAUCGCGCAUGCCCAAGCGCGGAAUCAUGCACCUUUAUUUCAAACAUUACCUACCAUUGGAGGUAAUGGCUUCACAGGGUAGUUCCCGGAAGAUUUUCCGGCCCAAUGAUGCAACUUGUCAUGCAAAAGUUGGAGCAGCAAAGGAGAGUUCUUUGAGUUUCUUUUCGGUAUCUCAUGUAAAGUGUAGGUCGGGAUAAGUAGUAAACGUAAAUCUUCAGGGCAUAUAUUACAUCGCUUCGCUGUUCUACUCCCCAGCCGGUUUAUUGACUGCAAAAAUGAAAUCAGGUACACUCGUCGCGUCACCAGCAAGCAUCAAGGAAGAUAAUUCAAUGUUUCUGGACAUCAUCAUAGUAAACCAUCCAUGCCGUAAGUCCGUUUGUUCGCUCACGCGUGUGAGACGUUAGUUUUCGACGACUUUACAGCACGACCUCAAUCGCCUAUACUAGUUCAACUUGAUGGAGUUCCAGAUGACCAAGCAGUUUUCAUCGCCGCUAACCGAAUUUUCGAAUUGCCCCCGGUAAACUUCGGCGUCGCUCCUGCCACGCCACAACCCUUCACUAGUACGCCGCUUCCACCGCUCGACAGACGACCUUUCAUUCCUUGGUAGAUUUGGAUUGAGUGUGAUUCUUUCGUUUAUCUCCUUGCAUGGUACUGUAUGGUGUCGAGGUCAACAUGCGUGGGUAUCAAUUUUUGAUGUAGUUGAGGAUCCUCGUCCUAGGACCAAUUCUAGUAUCCCUCUCUUUUCGUGAUUUCCUGCCUACUUUGGUAAUGGCACUGUUACAACUUACAAUGAAAAACAAAAACAGGUUAACUUACACGCAAGCCAACGAUAUCACCUUGCUGGGGAAACUGGCUUAUUGCCCGCACAACUCGAGAUGUGGACAAGGCGGCUAGGCAAACGCGGCAUCGCUGGCGGCGAAAAGUUUUUCGCAAUUUUUGGAUUUUUUUGUAGUAUUAGCAUUAUUUAAGUUCCAGUUCUUGGUAGUUCUUCAGUUUUUCAUCUUCAUUCAAGUUUUUUUUUAAAUAUUUUCCGUUUCGCUAUAGAGUAUUGAUUUUCCAAGAUGCAGCUGGUUUACAGGAUUACUGUCCCUGCAUCGAGUUCGAAAAAAGUCUCACUGACAUCAGUAGUUCGAGUCUCAUCUUUCCUCCUCCCCCUGCUGGUCUUUUCUCUUCAUUCUGAUGUCUCUGACCAGCGGUUGACAUUAAAAGUUCAUUGUUGAACGAGAACCACUGCCUUAUAUGAACAAGCGGUCCCCGCCUUCGGCUUUCUACCGAAAUUCCGAAGGGAUUGAGACAGCUCGCGAAUGCGGCGAGCAGUACUCGAUCAAAGUCCUAGCUAUCUCUUCAUAAGUUGUAGCCUUGCUCCUGGUAAAUUGUCUCUUGUAGUGAAGACUACACUUGCGUUCCUAUUCCUUGCGGAAGUAUCCGUGAGCGUGAUUCUCAUCUCUAACCCCGGGGUUUCACCGUGCUUCAUUGUGGCUUUAGGAGUUACGACGCUGGUAUAAAACAUAAUUGCAAUAGCCUGCGAAAGGCAAAGUCAAGUUUGAGUUGAUCGCUUUCGUCUUGUCACUCCGUAUAUUGCGUUUUGUGAUACACAGCAGUUUGUGGCAUUUUGAUUGUAUUUUUAUGCAGCAUUGGAUUGCUUCUGCUUGUGCUUUUCCCGUAAGGUUUACUAGGCUUUCAGAGCAAUUUUGUGUUUUUCAAGCCACGCAUGUGUGCAGCAGAGAAGUCGUGUGUGUAGAGAAGUCGUGUAGUAUUUCUGCUCAUCUUAUUUCCGAAGCGUCGGCAUCCUCACCUUCUCUUCUCGAGUGUUUGUAGUUUGUGUCCGAAAUAAGAGACGCGCCAAUUUUGCUAAGAUGAAACAAAUCUAUCAUGUGUUUUAUCAAUUCUUCAUUAGUGGUCGAUCCACUUCAUCUCGCUCGAGAGAUUACUUUUCCUUGUAGUUCGAGUUGCAACUUGAAGAGAUUUUUUGGACUUUUUUUACCCUUCCGCCCGAGAUUCGUAGUACUAGAUGUCUUGUGACAAGAUACACUCCCGAUAGAUUCACAGUUCUUGAAGCACCAAAAGAGUAAUUUUCUUUUAUUUUUUUUUGUAUCUGUUGCUAGCGAAUGACGUAUUGCAGCUAGCAAGGGAUGAUUGUAAUUGUCCCUAUGCUCGCAAGAUGAUUACUUCUCGACAUGAACUGCUUUUGCAAACCUCACUACGUCUAUUUGUACCCAAAUAUUCUUAUUCUGUCCCCACAGGACCAAAACUUGAUCUCGAAGCCGA